AUGGAUCCCAACAGCAGUAAUGCCGGUAAUAAUAAUCCCAAUGGUAAUCCGAUGAACAACCGCCUUCAUUUGAACUUCGGAAACGACAGAUUCGCGCCAAACGAUCGUGCAUACCCGACGACCCCAUCAACUUUCCCAAAUCCAAUAUUUCCAGGCGGAGGUCAAGGUCAAGCUCAGCAACCACAACAACAACAACAGCAGCAACAGCAGGCUCAACAAGGCGCACAGCAACCAUACAAUCAAGGAUUCGCGCCCCCCGCAGGAUACUUCAUGAAUAACCAAUACCCCCCUUCCUCAGGCUAUCCGCAGCAACAAGCUCCUGCUGGAUACCAACAACAACAGCAGCAGCAGCAGCAGCAGCCCUACCAGCAAAGAUCUGUUAAUCUACAAAAUGACGCUACGAAUGGUCUGGCUCAUCAGUUCUCCCAUCAAAACUUAGGUGGGGGCAGAGGUUCACCAUAUGGUAAUCGUCAAGGUCAAGCAUCGCCAGGCCAAAGACCAAGAACUGCUGGAGCACCAGGCCAGCAGCAAGGUUACUCAAACUACUUGAAUCCUAUGCCGACUCAAGCUUCACAACAAGUUCGUCCAGAAUUUCAGGCAGCUCCAGAGAGAAACCCUGAUCGAUACGGCAAUUUGACACAAAACAAUCAAAAGAAAUGUUCGCAAUUAGCUGCAGACUUUUUCAAAGAUAGUGUCAAGAGGGCCAGAGAUCGAAAUGUUAGACAAAGCGAAAUGGAGCAACGUCUCUCUGAUCCCAACCAAUCCCAAUCGCGCCGAGAACAAACAUGGUCGAAUGCAGGCAAACAAGAGGGCAAAUAUCUACGAUUUUUACGAACCAGGGACAGACCUGAUAAUUAUAACACACUGAAGAUCAUUGGUAAAGGAGCCUUCGGAGAGGUCAAGUUGGUGCAAAAGAAGCAAGAUGGCAAAGUUUAUGCUAUGAAAUCUUUGAUUAAAACUGAGAUGUUCAAGAAGGAUCAAUUAGCACAUGUUCGUGCUGAAAGAGAUAUCUUGGCCGAAUCAGACAGUCCUUGGGUUGUCAAGCUCUUUACAACCUUUCAGGAUCAAGAUUUCCUUUAUAUGUUGAUGGAGUUUUUGCCGGGAGGAGAUCUUAUGACGAUGCUUAUCAAAUAUGAGAUCUUUUCUGAAGAUAUCACAAGAUUCUAUAUUGCGGAAAUUGUGUUGGCUAUUGAAGCUGUACACAAGCUUGGUUUCAUUCAUCGUGAUAUCAAACCCGACAACAUUUUGCUUGACCGAGGUGGACAUGUUAAACUUACUGAUUUUGGUCUAUCCACUGGUUUCCAUAAACUACAUGACAAUUCUUAUUAUCAACAAUUACUGCAAGGAAAGUCUAGUAAGCCGAGAAACAACAGACAAUCAGUCAAUCUCGACGAAAUCAACCUCACAGUUAGUAACCGAAGCGUUAUCAAUGACUGGAGAAAGUCUCGAAGAGUCAUGGCUUACUCGACUGUGGGUACACCUGAUUACAUCGCUCCAGAAAUUUUCAGUGGACAUGGUUAUUCAUAUGAUUGCGAUUGGUGGAGUCUUGGUACGAUCAUGUUCGAAUGUCAAGUCGGAUGGCCUCCUUUCUGUGCCGAAGAUGCCCAUGACACAUAUCGAAAGAUUGUCGCCUGGCGUACGAAUCUCUACUUCCCUGAGGAUGUUCAACUUGGACCCGAAGCCGAAAAUCUCAUUCGAAGUCUUGUUUGUAAUUCAGAGAAUCGACUCGGACGAGUAUCAGCAGACGAAAUCAAGAGCCAUAAAUUUUUCCGUGGUGUUGAGUUCGAUACUUUGCGUCGUAUUCGCGCUCCAUUCGAGCCCAAGCUGGCUUCCAAUGUUGAUACCACAUACUUCCCAACUGACGAGAUUGAUCAAACUGAUAACGCAACCCAUCUCAAGCAAGCUCAAGCUGCAGCUGCCCAUAGUGGUGCUCCUCGAGAGGAAGUACCAGAGAUGAGUUUGCCAUUCAUUGGUUACACAUUCAAGAGAUUCGAGUCCAACUACAGAUAA